CAAAAUUCCUCGAACAGUUUGCGAUUGGCCAACGCUAGCGCCAGAGGAACUCUGCUCAACGCGUCUCUCAAAAUAAGUGCGGAAAAAAAUAUAUAUAAAAAGGAAUAAUAUAAAAUAAAUUAAAUAAAAUCGAGAAUUUGUCUCAAAAAGCAAAAGUAAAGCUUCAGAAAAUUGUGUUGUGUGCAAUUUGUUGAGCUGGUGAAAAGCGGAAGAAAAGUGCUGCGCGAAAAUGUGCCAUCGCCCGAUUAGGUCGUCAGCUAUUUUGUUGUUAUUGCCCAUUCUAUGCUGCAUAUCACAAGGCGCGGCCAUAAAAUGCUUUGUGUGCGACUCAAGCGACAAUCCCAGUUGUGCGGAUCUGAAGUCCAACUCGAGCAUUGUGGCGGAGGAAUGCACAUUGGACAAAAUGAAGUCGUUGGACACCUGGCUGUUCGAGUUGAACAAGUUCUCCUAUUUCGAUAAUGGGGCCAACAAGCAUCCGCUCAUGAAUUGCCAAAAGGUGGUCGCAACUGAUCCGAAUACCAAUAAGCUGGUGACCGCACGCUUCUGUCAGCUGGACACUGGCGACUCGGAUGCAUGCGAUAUCCUGCGCUCGAAGCUGCGAAUCACCAGCGAUGCCAGCGGCGGGCAGCGACAGCGGCGACGCGAGCACGACCAACAGCAGCAGCAGCGACGCAAAGGCUAUGGCCAGGAUGCGGAUGAGAAGGCGCCGGAGGAGGAGUUCUUCUGUGACAUUUGCAAAACGGAUCGCUGCAACGGGGCGGCUGCAGUGACGCUGACAUCAUCGCUGUUGUUGGGGCCACUAUCACUGCUGCUGCUGCUCCUGCUGCAUUGGGCACGACCACUUCGCUGCUGAAGUGAUGGACGACGGACGAUAGACGGCGAUGGCUGGCGCCAUUGGUUGCAUUUAGGUUGAGUUAACGUUAACAUUUAUCAUUUACCUUUUGUAAAUAUUCGAGUGGCCAUUGAGCGAUACAGAAAAAGAAAAAUCACAGCAUACAAGCCUUACCUCCCCCUGACCCCACCCCAAAGCCCGACCACUCUUAUUGCUACCAAAGCCCUAGAUAUGUAAGUGACAGCGGAACACGAAUGCAACAACAACAACAACAACGAAUUGCUCACAGAUGCAGGUGAGCAGCAACAGCUACACGGACACACCUAAAAAAGUACAGCAACAGGAAUUGAUGCAAACGCAUAGAGAGAAACCGAAUUGUAAUUACGGAUAUAUAGUUACGGCUAUAAAUGGAUAUACAACAGCACAGAUACAUAACAGCAGCUACCAAGAUACAGGUAACAUCGGAGAUACAGUAAUUAAGCUAUAAAUGUGGAAAGUGAAGCCGAUACAGAUAGAAAUUUAAAAAGUCUAUAAAUAAGCAGUUACAAUUACACAUACAGACACUGAGAUUUUAGGACAUAGAAAAGCAAAAACAGUUACAGACAGCUGAGAUACAGAGACCGACUUGAAGAUAUACCUAUACCAAAUCACAGAUACGAGACCAAAAACACAGAUACAGAUAGACAGCUACGGCGACUGAGAUACAGAUACACAUCUAUUGCUACAAAAAACACAGCUACAAAGAUACAAGUACGAAAACAAGGUACAGAUACACAACGACAACUGCAGAGAUACCGAUACAUUGCAUUGCAGCAGUGGCGGAUUGGCUGGAAAAAAAAUACAAAAUGAGAAAACUAAAAAAAAAUAAUAAUAAUAAUAACAUACUAAAUAAGGAGACAAAUUUAAUGUUUAAUUAGCAAAAGGGAAAAGGUAAAGGUAACCAUCCAAUGUAUGUGUCUUAUAUCAAGGAUUUGCAAUUCAGUUCAUUUGAUUGAGAGUCCGUCACUUGGUCAAUUAACACGAAUUUUGUCAGGUAGUUGGGCUGAAAUGUUUUAUUAUGGCUUUAUUGAGUUGUAAUUGAUUUGCUUUGAGCAAAUGUUGAUAAGCUGAAAGUUAAGUAUGAAUUCACCAAAUGCCUUUAAUUUUCUAUUGUUCACAUUGGAGUGUUGAAUAAAUAUAAUAUAUAUAUAUAUAUAACAUUUAAAUGAAUGAUACCAUGAAAUAACUCUACAAUAAUAAUAAUAAAUAAAUAAAAACCGAUCUUUAGUUAAUUUUGCUUUAAGCCGGUAGAGCAGAAAUAAUAAUUUUUUAUAUUAAAAAUGAAAAUUUAUAAGCACUUUUUAGUUGCUUAUUCAUGGUUAUUUCAUGGUAUUCUAUUUGAAUGUGUAGUUUAGAUAGAUCGAACUUAAAUAGAUGUGCUUUACAAGACCAUACAGAAAAUAUUUAAAUAUUAAAAUAAAAAAGAAAAAAUGAAAACACACUGAAUGUAUUUAAUUCUGUGCAUUCUGAAUUCCGAAUACUCUAACAUCAAUUGAUAAAACAUUUUUUACUAUACUCUAACGAAAAUACAGUGGAAAGAGUGUGCGAAUCAUAUAAUAUGCUAGAAAAAAUCCCGUUGAUAUCUGAGUGUUAAGCAAUAAUAUUACAAGAAAACUAUAUAUCUAUAUAUGUUUAUGUAUAUCAAUAUAUUAGAAUGAAAAUGUAUGUAUUUAUACUCUGAUUUUCGAAAUACGCUAAAAACAAUCAACAAAAGUGUGAAAACCAAGAACAAAAACAAUAAGGGAAAAAAAAUCAUAAAAAAGAACCGUGCAACAAAUGUUAAUUAAAUGUGCAAUUAGAAAAGUUGAACAAAGCAAUACAGAAAACUAUUUG